AUGGCGCGGCUUCGUGCUCUCAGCUUGGCAGCUUCUGUGAUUCUCGUUCUCCUCUGCAAGAGUGGUUCAGAAGCGGUGCGCCUGACGCCCACCACUCGCACCACCGCCACUCCCGGCAACGCCACCGCUAGUGGCGGCAACGCCGCUACCAACAAGACUGCUAGCACUAGCACUCCCAAGGCGGGCAAGACGUUUUAUUACACAUUAUGGCUGCUCGAUGCUGGUUGGGGCAACAGGGACACGCCGAGUGGGGGGGACACCAUUGUGUUUCAAAAUUUCGGUCUCGUUCCCGCUAAGUAUUUCGUACAGUUUGAUGACCAAAGAACCUUUUCCAAAUGCAACUACAGGGCGGUACAAUAUCUGAAAGCAUUUGAUUGGUUUGGCGAGGAAUACAAGUACACCGUGCCAUACUAUACUAAAGGCGAUCACCUGUACUUCGGCUCGAGCGCUUGGCUGUGCAAGAAUUUGGGUAUUAAGGUUAAGAUUCCCGUGAAAUCUUACACACCAUGA